AUGGGAGACCCCUUCCACCGCUCCCUGCUGCGCACCCCGCGUGGCCGGUUCCGCGUCUCGCUGCCCCCGGGGGGUGAGUUCCUGCUGGGGACCCCGGAGCCCCUGAGUCGGCCGGGCGCCGCUGGCCAAAGCUUCUGCAUCCCUAUCACCGAGAUGGUCGGGGUGCAGCUGGGCGGGUCUGGCUCGUCCCUCACAGUGGAGGGAAACCAAUUCACAGUUUUCUUCGUGCAGCGGGAGAAGCGACAGCGCUGGAGCCUGGGCUCCCUGGAGUUCACUGUGACCCCCGGCUCGGGGCUGGCCCCACGCUGGGUAGAUGCCCUGCAGCGGAGCAUCCAGCUGCAUGGUGUGACACGCCCCAGGAAGCUGCUGGUCUUCGUGAACCCUGUGGGGGGGCGGUGCCGCGCAGGUGAGAUUUACCGGGACCGGGUGGCCGGGCUCUUUGCCCUGGCGGGGAUCCAGACGGAGGUCAUAGAGACCCAGCGACCCCACGAGGCCCGAGAGCUCAUCCUGCAGCGAGACCUGGGCGACCUGGAUGGGCUGGUUUGCGUCGGGGGUGACGGGACAUUUAACGAGCUGAUGCACGCACUCAUCUCCCGGACGCAGAGGAAGGCUGGGAUUCCCGAGGACAACCCCACGGCCCCGCUCCUGCCCCCCAGGCUCCGCAUCGGCAUCAUCCCUGCAGGCUCCACGGACUGCAUCUGCUUCGCCACGGUGGGGACCAACGACCCCGUCACCUCCGCCCUGCACAUCAUCAUCGGGGACAGCCAGGCCCUGGACGUGUGCAGUGUCCACCACCACGAGCGGCUGCUGCGGUAUGCGGUCUCGCUGGUGGGCUACGGCUUCUAUGGGGACGUGGUGAGCGACAGUGAGCGGCACCGCUGGAUGGGCCCGAUGCGCUACGACUUCUCAGGGUUCAAGGCCGUGCUAUGUAACCGCAGCUACGAGGGCACUGUGGAGUUCCUGACGGUGGGGGGCACUGAGGCCAAUCCCCGGGACCGGACGCGCUGCAGGGCAGGCUGCCUUGUCUGCUCCGAGUCUAGUCACCAGCUCCUGGGGGGCAGCGAGGAGGAGAAGUUGCCGCAGCAGGAAGGCACUGGGGCUGCAGCCAGCGAGUGGCAGCGGGAGCAGGGCCGUUUCCUGGCCAUUAACUUGACCUGCAUGAGCAGUGCCUGCCCCAAGAGCCCCGAUGGCCUCUCGCCCAGCGCCCACCUAGCCGACGGCACGGCCGACCUCAUCCUGGUGCGCGAGUGCUCAGCCCUGGGCUUCCUGCGUCACCUGAGUCGGCACAUGGACCAUCGGGACCAGUUUGACCUGCCCUUUGUGAGUGUGCACCGGGUACGGGCCCUGCGCUUCACCCCCAAGCAGCUGGAGGACAGCGAGGAGGGGGAGCAGCCCAGCCGCAGGGGGUGGAAGGGGCUUCUAGGGGGGCUGUGCUGUGGGGAGCAGCCACUGAGCUCCUGGAGCUGCGACGGGGAGACCCUGCCCCACGCCAACAUCAGUGUCAGGGUGCACGGGCAGCUCAUCCACCUGUUUGCCCGGGGCAUCGAGCAAGGGAUGGGCCUGGUUUAG